GUUCAAUUUCCAAUGUCGGCAUUGUUUGAUGCAUGAGAAUAAUGACGAAAACUGAAAUGACUGUCCCUUGGAAAGGAGGACCACAUGAUUUAGGCGAUCCCGAUGAUAAAAGCUUAAGGAAAGUAGAGAAAGAUGUACUCAUACCACAAAUAAUGAGAGACAGAGCAAAAACUGAAAAAUGUGUUCAAGAAGUAGAAGAAUUUACAGAAUGUUGUAAGAAGACCUACAUCUUGAUGCCAUUUCAGUGUAAAGCACAAAAUACUGCUUUAGUAGACUGCUUAACAAAAUGGUACAAUGAUUCUACUUUCCAAGAAGAAUGUAAAGAGCAAUACUUAAAUGAGAGAUCUCAAUAUCGAAGAACGGGUAUACCUCAAAGGUCAAAAUUCAGUAGGAUGCAAUCAAAUACUUAAAAAUAAUUUAUUACAAAUUAUUAACAAUGUACAUAAGUUACAGUAGCGUUAUAUUGAGUUUAAUGAAGUAAUGGAUUGUUCUAUCUAAAUAUAUAUGAUAAAAGGAAUGCAGCAAUAAAAGCUUAAGAAGAAUCAUCGUCA